UUGUAUGUGUCAUUUCCAUCUCGUGACAGCUUUUUUCAGGAUGAGCUGCGCCCACAAAAUGUUCCUCCAGUGCGCAUUGGUCUUCCCGAUCGCCUAGACGGCCUUCGUUUGGGAGGAGUCGGACGCAGUCGGGACGUAACACCAUCAACUCCAUCUUCGUGUUCUUCGGCAUCCUCUCGCAGCACAUUCCAUACUGAUCGCACACUUCCAGCAAGGGACAUGCCUCCCCUACCUGAUGUGGUUUCUGGUGAUGCACUGCUUCACGAUGGGAACGGAGUUAUCGAGGAUGAUGUUGGGACAUUAGUUGCACCACGACCAGCUCCACGAACUCUGCGAGCUAAUCAGAGUCCUGUACACCGAUCUUCAUCGUUAGAGCACAACGAUGCUGUACGCAUGCGAGCGAUUACUAGUGAUGAGGCUGAUCGACCAAAAACCUACUUUGGAAUGCCGGUUACUCCUAAGGUGGUUAUGGGUGCAUGUUUCACCAAGAUGGUUCAUGAAUGUAGUCUUCGAAUCAAUUGCGCUGGCUCUUGGGUGCAUCCGGGGACUGGUGCACAGUUUCUGCUCCUCGGAUGCGAGGAGGGAAUCUAUGCUGUCGAUACUAAUAAGCUGUAUGAUGGGGAAUUGAACAAGAUUUCUAUUCUAGGUAUACAAGGUGUAGGAGUAGAAUCACAAAGGCGCUUUCAGAUCCAUCAUAGACGAUGCUCAUGGUUAUAUGUACACCAUGAUGUGCUUAUGGCAAUGCAAGGCAGAACUUCUUACUUGUACAGACAUGAUUUGGUAGCGCUUUCUCAAAAGAAUCUCACAUUGCGUAUUAGCAAACCGAUCAAUAAAGUACCCGAGAGAUACAUUCCCAAAAAACUUGCGAUAACUGUUCGACUGCCAGAAACAAAAGGUGCCCUUCAAUGUACAACUUCGCGUGGAACUGGACCUCAGGCUGGGGCCGUUUUCCUCUGCUGUUGCACUCCCUCUUCAGUGUUAUUGUUUCAGUGGUAUGAACCACUGAACAAGUUCCUGCUUGUCAGGUCAUCUGAACUGGAUGCAUCCUCACGUUUCCCGCUAAGUCCCUUCAAGUUGAUUAACGCUCGCACCGAUUUUCCUCAGCUCUGUAUUGGCGUACAGGCUACUGAAAGCAAUGACAAAUACGAUUUUAGCUGGGUGAAGUUUGAAGACAGAAAGGUUUGUUUUGCUGUUAUGCUCAUUAUUUUGCACAGAAUUAGUUUAGCAAUUGAAGUUCUAGAGGUUCUAAAUUCCCAAGAAACACUUGACAUUUUGGUGUUCAACAACGCAAAACUUGAUGUAGUGGGGAUGUCACAAAUUGGAAAGGAUUCAUUGCUUUUUGCCUAUAAAAAUAAGGUGGUUAUUACUGAUUUGGAGGGAAGAGAAAAGACAAAAUUAGCUGUUUUUACAUUCAAUUUCCAUAUAGAAUACAUACAUACAAUGCCGGAUUCCAUAUUAGCUUUUCACUCCCAUGGAGUACAGGUAUGUUAACU